AUUUUCAAUGAUUUGAUUAUAUGGAGAGAUCAGUUUUUUGAACAGAUCACUACAACUUUCCAUUCAUUUCUACGAUAGACAAAUGAGAAAACACUGCGAUUUCGAUUAAAGAUAUCACUUAAAGCGACUAACUAUUGUUAUUAUCAUUGUUAUUAUUAUUUUGACAUAAAAAAUAUCUGUAAAAACAUUCGUAAAUAAUUAUCUAAUGUACAUGGAUUCGAGCUCUGAUGGCUCCUCAGUUGGUGAAUCAACGCUUACUUCAGGCACAUACACCUUACCAGCCAAGCAACAACCAUCAGUUGAUCGAGAUACUCUAUCUCCUUGCAAAUUUGAACAGACUAUUAUUUAUACUCCAAAUAGCCAUUACUGGAAACAUAAUUCUAGUGAACAAUAUCGUCCAGUCUCAGCGCCAAAGAUCUAUACAGAGGAUAAACUAGAAAUGAUGAAUGUAGAUCCUGUGGUAAAGUAUCGUGACCUAGAACAUUCUCAGGCUAGAAACACCUUACAACGUUAUCAUCAUCUUCAAACAAAUGGACCAUCCAAUGGAAACUACAGUGUUCGAUCGAGCUAUGAGAUUGAACUGAACAACUUUCGAAGUCCUAACCACAGCAACAAGAGUCUUAAUAAUAAUAAUAAUAAUAAUAGCAAAAACAGAUCUCACUCAAGAUUCAAUACAAUUUCAAGUUCAUUUAACCGUAAUCCUGGAAGUGAUGACUUAAAAUUCUAUUCCUCUGUAAGAUCUCAUUCAAAUCCAUUUAAAGCAAAUUAUGACCAUCAAAAUACAUUGAGUAAUAAUGAUGCUCAUGAAUUCAUUGGGGCUGUUGCGUCACCUAGACGUUCACUUCUUCAUAAUUUGCAGAAUCAGUCAAAAUUUUCUCAUCUGGAAGGAAUAUCAACAUCAAAGUCUAUAGGCAAUCAUGAAAAACAUUCAUCAUCAACUCGUUCACUUUGUACAGGCUUACCAUCUAAUAAGUAUGUAGAACAGACUGCAGAGAUUGGUUUGUAUAAGACUGCAAUGUUUGUUAUUCCUUCACCGAAUUCAAAUUCUUUGACCAAUAUGCACAAUAUCAUGGACAGAUAUGGACAAUCAAGUCAUCGUCAUCAUCCUCAUCAGCAGCAACAACAGCAUCGUCAAAAUCAUCACCGUCAUCAUUCGCAUCAUCGUUAUAACCAUAAAGAUUGUGGUGAUAACAGUCUGAAUACAAAAUCGUUUGAUGAUAAAGUGCGUACUUAUGUUUGUAGUGGUUGUGGACGUACAACGUCGAAACGGAAAAAAUCGAAACAUUUAACACCAGCACCUGCUUAUUCUUGUGUUUCAUUAGAUAAGUGUUCAACACCACAUUUCGUUAGCUCAGAAUUUAAAAAUCAUUCUCACUUUGAUGUAACUGAUGAAUACGAUCGUAGCAUUUUCAAGUCGCCUGGACGUUAUCAAGAAGAUCAACUGUAUCGUGCAUCACCUGUUAGAAAAUCUCUUGAUUAUAAUGAACAAAAACGCAUACAGCACAAUAUCAACUGUAAGACUAAUUAUAGUGAUAGUAGCAAUAGUUUGGACAAAAUAAAAUCCUAUAACCAUCUGCCUAAAAGCCUACAACCAUCAAAUACAACCCCAAGAUCAGAUUGUAAUAAAAUUGUAGUUGACAUAAAACCGAGACAGAUGAAUGAAGCAGACAAACAGCAGCAUAUAACCCAGUGGAUACAAAUAGGAACCUUGGGAGAUACAGCAAAUUCAGCAACUGCAUCACCUCUUCCACCAGAUGAAUACCAAGAUAGAGAUUUAUUAAUGCUUAACCUGUCCAAGUAUUCUGAUGAAGCUGAUGUCGCAGUAACCGUUAGUGAUUACGCAGAAGCUGAUAUUGGCUGGACACGUUCACGAAUGACUUUUAGUAGACAAGAUAACCAGCAGGUGAAGUUGAAAUCCACUAACCAACCUACAACAUCACCGUCAUUGUCGCCUCGUGAACAACACCAGAGAGAACAAUAUAAACAGCGGCAUGAGUAUAAAGCAAAAAAUCAACCGAAAAUAGAGAUUAUAAAACAGAUGACAAACUCGCAACAAAACGGUGAGCAAAAUCAAAAGAUCAACAAAGACAGUUCACCCAGAAAUGUACCAGAGUUUGAUUACGCGAAUACUUCUAAGAAUGAAAUCAAACUAGAGUUUGUAAAUAACGUAAAUCACUAUAGUAACAGUAACGACAAUGAUGGUAAUAACAGUGUUAUCAGUGAAAAAGGUGACAUGAAGAAUCCACCACUAACUGAAUUGAUGAAUAAAGAGACAGAGUUUGUGAAGGCUGAAUCAUAUCAUAAAAAUGGUACUGAGAAGAAUACAUCUUCAGAGACAUUGGACUCAAGUGCAUCUAGAUCAACGCCUAUUGGCUAUCGUAAAACUGACACUGAACGUGUUAUUACAAUUAAAGGCUCAAAAGUAUUAAAUAACAAUGGAAAAAAUUCUACUCAAUUCAAAUUAUCACAAGAAAAAGUAUCUCCAACUCUAAGUCUGAAUAUUGAUUCUGAUAGUCAAAGCGUUUCACUGACAUCAUUGAGAGCACCUCCACGUGUACCACCUAAACCAAAAACAUGCGAAACUGAAGGAAUAUUAUCAAAUGGUAGGAAGAAGAGAGCAUCCACGCUAACAGCAGCUGAAAUACGCUACAUGAACAGUAAAAUAUCUAGUAAUUUGUCAAAUUUUAGAGAUAUUAACUCUUUGUUUUCAACUACACAGUUAAACAAAACUGAUACAUUGAAUACAUCAACUGUAGCAGCUACUGAACUAUUUCCAAAUUUAGUUCAAAAUCGUGAUACACCGAUUCCAAAUGUGAAGAAUUUAGUUUCAUACUUUUCUGAGUUGAUACGUCUUCAUACUGAUGUACAAGAUUCACAUCACAUAUCACUGGCAAGUGACAUUAAUAAUCUUAAUCGAGAAAAAGGUUUUGACUUUGGAAGUCCUGUUAGUCAUCAUGAAGAAGCAAAUGGAGGGGAUGGAGUUGAUGAUGAAAUACAUACACCAGCGAGUAUAUCACCAUUUCUUCUACAUCAUGAGACUCCUACAGCGCGUGAACGUCGUCUACAAGCUGUAGAAAUGUUAAGACGUCGUUCAUUGGCGCAUAUGAAAUACGAUCCUUAUAGAGUGUUCCCACCAGGAUAUAGUGCCUCAUCAUCUUCAUUCUUAGACAGAUUAAGCCAGAGAAUGACAGAUGGAAACCGUGAAGAUUAUGCUACUGACGACAACAUUUGUAGUGGUGAAAAUAAUUAUGACACUGAUCCAAUUCAACGACCGCUUUCAGCACCGAGAUUUCAAGUUCGAAUGCAAGCAAACCUACAAAAGGACUCAACGGCUAUAGCAACUCAAUAAGUUAAAAUCCAGUGUCUUCUAGAAAUGAUUUCUGGUUAAGCCAUGAUCGCACAAUCAACUCUUGCGAUUUGUUCUGCUAUGAAUCUUAUCCAAUUCAGUGGACUUUUUUAAUUGAUUAGCUUUGAUUUUCCUUUUCCUUUCCAUAUUUUUCCGUUCUAUUUACUCUUAUUUCUCUCUUCGAUAUGUUCAUUAAAAGCCCACCAGCAAGGUGUUUGUACUAAAGUAGAAUUUUGUUUCAUUAUUUAAAUUUCUUGUUUAAGUAUACAUAGAUGGUUGUUUCCUUCAAUGUUCAAGGUUUAAUUUUCCACCAUCAUUUUGAGAUAUACCAUGAAUUAUGGCCUAAGUAAUUUAUGAUUAAACGGAAAUCGCCGAUAAUGAUGUUAUAGUGUAAAAAUAAUUAAAGAAUUCAUUUUCGUGAGGAAGUCGUUGUUUUAUGGUUAAAUGGAGAAGUAAAUGGUUGAAAUCGAACGUGUAUGUAGUCAGAACAUUGACUACUGGACUUCGCUAGCCAAGCCUAGUACAUCAUGAGUGAUAAGGUAAGGAAUGAACAGUAAACUAACCAAUGUACGCGCACUAACCAAUGAAUGGUACCGGG